CACGACUAAAUCCAAUAAGGGAUGACGCUGCCACCAUGGCACCCUCCGAUGACGAUGACGAUCUUAAACGGGCGAUCGCGAUGUCUCUUGCAGAGGCUAGUUCUCCGAUUGCCAACGUCGCCAAACUCGCGUCGGACGACGAAGAUGAGGAGAUGCGGCAUGCGAUCGCUCUCUCACUACAAGAUAGCAACGCAGAUCCCGGGACGCUCGAAGCUACCGUCUCUCACCCCCCAGAGUACGCUUUUGCGGAGGCCUCUCAACAAAACAAGCGCACCCAAUGCAGGACAGAAAACGCAUCAAGCACUUCAGCAUCCUCUAAGCCGUCUGGGCUGUUCGGCCUAGAUCGAAAGGCCAUGGAGGAAGAGCGGCUCGCAAGGCUAGGCAAGCGGAAACGCAGCGCAUCCCCAGAGCGACCUUCUAAACUCAUCACUAAAACACCGGGUGUGUCGAAUGCGGACGAGAAGAGCCGGACAUCGUGCAACGGUCCCAAUUUGAAAUAUCCCAAGGGGACAGUGAAGCGAACAUGGGCGUUCAAACACCCACGAACAGACGAUAUCAAGAUCGAGGAAGUCCUUCAAGCAUCUACCGUCAAUAUCGCGGUCUUGAGCGCUUUCCAGUGGGAGGACAACUGGCUCUUCGACAAAAUGACUCCCGAGAUCACGAAGCAGAUCUGGAUCAUGAGUGCCAAGGGAGAAGAUGUCCAGAGUAAAAUGCGGCGCGAGGCCGUUGCAUGUGGAAUCCCGAAUUUCAAACAGCACUUCCCGCCUAUGAACGGCCAGAUCAUGAAUAUGCACAGCAAGUUGAUGCUGCUGUUCCACAAAGACUACUUACGGAUCGUGAUACCGACUGCGAACAUGAUUGCCGUGGACUGGGGAGAGACGAACAAAGAUCCGAGGACGGGAGAGUCGUGGCAGCCUGCGGUCAUGGAGAACACCGUUUUCUUGAUCGACCUACCGCGCCGCCCGGACGGGAAGCCAGCCGAGGAAGCAGAGACGGCGUUUGGAAAGGAGCUUGUGUAUUUCCUGACUUCUCAAGAGCUUGGCCGGAACGUGCUGGAGGGGCUGCUGAAGCACAACUUUUCUGAGACGAAGCAUUUAAGGUUUGUCCAUUCUAUCGGUGGCAAUCAUUCCGGCAAAGAUCCGAAUCGCCAUCGAACGGGCCUGCCUGGCCUUGCACUGGGUAUUCACGAGCUGGGGCUCGAUCAAGUCAAGACGCUUGAAAUAGACUACGCAGCAUCAUCCUUGGGCGCACUGAAGGAGCCGUUCCUGAAACAAAUAUACCUCGCUGCCUGUGGGAUCUCGCCGCUAUCGGAGGAUAAAGCGCCGGCCGACUUUCUCGAUCGCUUUCGAAUAUACUUCCCGACUAAGGAGACAGUCGUCAACAGCACCGGCGGAGCUCGCUGCGGUGGAAUCAUCACUCUAGCGAGGGCGCACUAUGACAGCCCUGGUUUCCCCAAGCAGUGCAUGCGCGAUUACGUCUCGACGCGCAAAGGCGUGUUGUCCCACAACAAACUGCUCCUCGCGCGAGGUCGCAAAAACGACGGGAAGCCCUUCGCGUGGGCCUAUAUUGGGUCCGCAAAUAUCUCUGAGUCCGCGUGGGGUGCGCCGAAGAUAUUGAAAAACGGCAAAGAAAGUUUGAAUAUCAGGAAUUGGGAAUGCGGUGUCAUUGUGCCGGUUCCUGACGAGGCGUUGGAGAAGGUCAAACUAGCUGAUGAUGAAGUGCCUCCGAUGAGUGUGUUUGAGGGCACAGUGGAGGUCCCGUUUCAGUACCCAGGGGAGAAGUAUGAGGGACGGGAGCCUUGGUUCUCCAAGGGGUAGAGUAGAUUGCGGUAGCCGAUAAAGGACGCCUGGCAGUUGGAUACAACGCGUUGGUUUUGCACGGGAGGACGUACUCGUAUAGCGCGUAUAGCAUGUGAUGGUGCGGAACGGCUAGGCUUGAUGCAGGAUGGCGCCGCAAGAACCAUGUGCAGAUCUAGGGCGGACAAAUGCGGCGGAGAGUGCAU